AUGAACGACUCUGACGGUCUCUUCGAGGAUCCGGAAUUCAUGGCUUUCGGCAAGGAGGCUCUCGAGAAAAUGAUGGCUCCGACAAAAGGAACACCAAUUGGACUAUCGAAGCUACAGAAAAUUAGCUACAUUUAUGGAUAUGAUUUCAAUAGAAGCAGCCAAAAUCUUGGGAUCUUUUGUGUGAUUCGCAAUCGCCGCGUGCAACAGAGCAAUUUCACGCAAACACUCGGCCGACUGAGGCCAUUGAUCGAACAUGUGAAGACGCAUUUAGAUCAAAGGAAUUAUCAAUGUUCUGAGUGUGGAUAUGAAGCGAAGACGUAUGUUUGUGCUUCGAUCCACGUCAAACGGAGGCACGACGCCCCAAAUGGACGAGUUUUGGACAAUUCAGACGAGAAAUACCUCUUCCAAGUGUUCGAGAAAGCAAAACAAGCUUUCCCCGAGGUUCAACCAUUAAUCGAGGAAUAUUUCGAACAGAAUAAGAACUGUUGGUUGAAAGCAAUUCAAAUGAAAGGAUCUUCUCCAUUCAUUCCACGAUCUCCAACCAAAAAUGAGACGAAUAUUUUCUUUCCAAAUCUCCCCACAACACCGAAAAUGGGUUUAACGACGAAGGCCGACUUUGAGCCGUGCCCUUCAUCGUUGGAUGACAUUCUCAACACGAUCUCAGCCAUGGAAAACUUCGAGAAACGAAUCCAUGAACAAUCCGAUGAGAGAAUGCAUGCAAACCUCAAGGUGGAACACGAUUUUGAAGCCGAAGCCUCUUGUUCAACUCCAUCUGAAUUGUCGCAAAUGGCCGUCACAAAUCGGGAGAAUGGCUCAAGAUCGUCUUCCGAAGACGCACCACCACAAAUCAAGAGACAACGAGUGCAAGAGCCAAGAACCCCAACAAGUCCGUCAACCGGUCAUCCAAGUCUCGAGAUCAAGAAACUCUAUCAAUUGUUGGCGUUGAAAGAUCGACAAUUGACUGAAGCUCGGAAAACACUUGUGGAAAUGCAUCAAAAAGAGAAGCAACGCAAGCAAAAACUGAUCGAACUCGAGUCGGAAAACGAUAAGUUGAUUCGAAUUCUCGGUCAACGCGAAUUAGACAAAACGAAAUAUGAGGAAAAGAUUUUCGACUUAAACCUCCGACUAGAGACAUUCCUGAAAGCGACCAAUGGACAUGGGCACGAGGAAGAGGAAGAAUGCGAAGAAGCUGAUGAUUGC